AUGGUCGUGAUGGCUCGCUGUCCGUUGAUUCCAUCUAUUAACCCAGCUCACAGCUUCCGGUAUCAGUUUCCACAGUCCAAUGCGUCAUUUCACCCAUCUUCCAAUUUACCCAAUUUUCCGCGUGUUCGGAGAUUGGAAUUUUCCGGGAGGAAUCGCCGUCGUGGGGUCAUUAUGGCCGCCGGAAAAGAUCACUACUCCACAUUGAAUGUCAGCCGCAACGCCACCUUGCAGGAUAUCAAGAGCGCGUACCGAAAACUCGCUCGCAAGUAUCACCCGGAUAUGAAUAAGAACCCAGGUGCUGAAGAUAAGUUCAAAGAGAUUAGUGCUGCUUACGAGGUAUUAUCUGAUGAGGAGAAGAGAUCCGUGUAUGAUCGCUACGGCGAGGCAGGUUUAGAAGGUGAUUUUAAUAGAUCACAGGAUGCUACAGAAGGGAUGGAUCCAUUUGAUUUGUACAGUGCAUUCUUUGGAGGUUCUGAUGGAAAUGGAAUCUUUGGGGGAAUGGGAGAAUCAGGAGGGAUGGGUUUUGAUUUCAUGAAUAAGAGAAGCCUAGACCUUGACAUUCGGUAUGAUCUGCGGUUGAGCUUUGAAGAGUCGGUUUUUGGAGUAAAACGGGAAAUUGAGGUUUCGUAUUUGGAGACGUGUGAUGGUUGUGGAGGAACAGGUGCUAAAUCCAGUAAGGACGUUAAACAGUGUAGCAAUUGUGGUGGUAAAGGACGUGUGAUGGACACUCAGAGAACACCCUUUGGAAUCAUGUCUCAGGUUUCCACUUGCUCCAAAUGUGGUGGUGAUGGCAAAAUCGUUACUGAGAAGUGUCGAAAGUGCACUGGCAACGGGAGACUACGGUCUAGGAAAAUAAUGGAUGUUCUUGUUCCUCCUGGUGUCAGCGACAGAGCCACAAUGCGGAUGAAAGGAGAAGGUAACGUGGACAAGAGAAGUGGACGAGCUGGAGACCUGUUCAUCGUGCUUCAAGUUGAUGAGAAGCGAGGAAUUAAGAGGGAAGGGCUUAAUCUAUACUCCAAUAUCAACAUCGACUUCACCGAUGCAAUACUUGGGACAGUCACAAAGGUAGAAACAGUUGAGGGAACAAUGGAUCUUCGGAUUCCGCCAGGAACUCAGCCAGGCGACACUGUGAAACUUUAUCGAAAAGGAGUUCCUGACACGGAUAGACCUUCGAUUCGUGGUGAUCAUUGCUUUGUAGUGAAGGUUUCGAUCCCCAAAAGUCUAAGCGAGAGGGAGCGCAAAUUGGUAGAGGAAUUGUCAUCACUUAGAAGAUCUAGUAGCAGUACUGAAACUCGUCAAAAGGAGCAUAGAUUUGGCUCGGAGCCCAGAAAAGAGCCGUCUUUGUGGCAUAAAAUGAAAAGUUUCAUAAGACCAGAAAAUUCAAGAACAACGUUUGGGACGAUGAGCUUGAACUCAUCAUUGCCACAAGGAAGAAUGAAAGAGGCAGGGACUUGUUCAAUUGUUCUCUCGGUCUUGGCUCUGUGCAUUAUAACUUCGGCGGUUGCUUUGGUUCAGAAGAAAGGUAAUCGCUUGAAACAAAAGAAAGAGCCUUGA